AUGUCAGCCUCGCCCAAAUCAGUUGACAUGACAUCCAAACCGCGUUGCAUUAUGCUCCUAAUGCCUCUCAUCCACCCUCCCGCCUCCCGGCGAUCUUAUCGCUUGCGGGGGCCAUAUGAGCUCAUUUGGCUCGGAAGAAUCCUAUUCGCGAUAUCUGUCGCAACUAUGAGGUUUCAAUAUUGGAAUACGUCGGCAACUUGUCAUAUACCCUUGUUUUCAAGCAAGUCCUUGAACUGCGCCAGGGGGUUUGAGGCCUCAGAUGACUGCGGGGCAAGGCGUUGCGAGGCUUUCAAGGUCGUGAGUGCCCACGUACCCGUGUUGCACGUCCCGACCGUCGGCUCUGCGGAUAUCCAGUAUAAAAGAGUAUUUGACAGUGAAAUUAAUGGACUGGCCCGGAAACGUGUUUGGUCUUGUCCUUUUCAAUCGCUCGCUGGGAAGAUGGUUGUAUCCGUACUUCGUGCUGGGGUAACCGUUUUCCCAUGCCUAGUCAUCAACCUGCUUCGUUUCAAUAAUUUAUCAACGCCAUCUCUAAGACGGUGGCUCUUUCCAUCGAAGCUCAUCGUCGUCAGAGUAUACGUUGGAAUAUACGCCGUCGACAGCCAAAGCUGGCGAGCGAGGGGCGUUGGUUCGGAUAUAUGCUUUUGCACCAUCGUCGUCGUCAAAGUACACCCAGAAGGAAAGGGAGUCGUCUCCCAGCCGGUGGGUGGAGAAUGGCGCUUGCAAGCCCAAGAACCGGAUUCUGAAAUACUCCACAGCUUGUCGGCACUCAAGUUGACGAUGUGCCAAAUUGAUCUUAGCACACAAAACCAAUGUUCCAAAUACAGAGUGUGCCAUUCUCAGAUGCUUGGGUUCAAUAACAAUGUAUCAUUACCUCGUGAUAUUCGAGAGUUUCUUUCUACAUAUAUGUCCAUCAUCGACGAGCAAGGCCUACCUUACGUGGCCGAACGCCCCAACUCCCAAGCUUGA